AUGCGGACGUCACAAUACGUCACUCGCUCAGUCAAGUUAAACUCAAUUGUGUUUGUCCGUGCCGGAGCCAGCCAAGACUGGACCACAGUGCCGGAGCCAGCCAAGACUGGACCACAGUGCCGGAGCCAGCCAAGACUGGACCACAGUGCCGGAGCUAGCCAAGACUGGACCCACAGUGCCGGAGCCAGCCAAGACUGGACCACAGUGCCGGAGCCAGCCAAGACUGGACCACAGUGCCGGAGCCAGCCAAGACUGGACCACAGUGCCGGAGCCAGCCAAGACUGGACCACAGUGCCGGAGCCAGCCAAGACUGGACCACAGUGCCGGAGUCAGCCAAGACUGGACCACAGUGCCGGAGCCAGCCAAGACUGGACCACAGUGCCGGAGCCAGCCAAGACUGGACCACAGUGCCGGAGCCAGCCAAGACUGGACCACAGUGCCGGAGCCAGCCAAGACUGGACCACAGUGCCGGAGCCAGCCAAGACUGGACCACAGUGCCGGAGCCAGCCAAGACUGGACCACAGUGCCGGAGCCAGCCAAGACUGGACCACAGUGCCGGAGCCAGCCAAGACUGGACCACAGUGCCGGAGCCAGACAAGACUGGACCACAGUGCCGGAGCCAGCCAAGACUGGACCACAGUGCCGGAGCCAGCCAAGACUGGACCACAGUGCCGGAGACAGCCAAGACUGGACCACAGUGCCGGAGCCAGCCAAGACUGGACCACAGUGCCGGAGCCAGCCAAGACUGGACCACAGUGCCGGAGCCAGACAAGACUGGACCACAGUGCCGGAGCCAGCCAAGACUGGACCACAGUGCCGGAGCCAGACAAGACUGGACCACAGUGCCGGAGCCAGCCAAGACUGGACCACAGUGCCGGAGCCAGCCAAGACUGGACCACAGUGCCGGAGCCAGCCAAGACUGGACCACAGUGCCGGAGCCAGACAAGACUGGACCACAGUGCGGAGACAGCCAAGACUGGACCACAGUGCCGGAGCCAGCCAAGACUGGACCACAGUGCCGGAGCCAGCCAAGACUGGACCACAGUGCCGGAGCCAGACAAGACUGGACCACAGUGCCGGAGCCAGCCAAGACUGGACCUCCGUGGGUGGGAAUAUGAGGUGGAGACUCCGAGGGGUGACAAGAAGGACU